AUGCUUCGUCUGUUUCUCUUUGUCUUGGGCUUUCUCACUUUGACCUCCAGGGUCUGCGCCCAGAUUGACUCUUACUCCGCUGCAUACUAUUGCCGCGAGGAAGUCGGCGAAGAACCAUGGAGAUGCGACGACAAGUUCUGUGGAGGCGAGCAUAAGAGAAAAAAGGGCUAUUGUGCGCGCCCGAUAUAUCGAACGACGAAAUCGAAUAACCAAUGGGCCCUUGCAGCACCGCGUUAUUGCAAAUGUGGGGAUAGCAAGGGCGAAAGCCUUAUUGACGGUGAAAUUAGCGACGGCGGUGGCAAAGUGCCUCCCAUAAUCCCGUUCCCUCCUCCCCCGCCCGGUUUCCUUAUUCCUCCCGAGGGGGUGCCUAAUCCCAACGACCAAGACAGCUGCCCGGAGGACUUCACCGACACGAAGUGCAAGGAUUGCAAAGACAAGUCAGGGUGGUGCACUGAAGGGCCCCGCGCCGGCUGUCCGUGUCGGGAUGAAUGUCCUGCUGAUGAUAGCGACGAUGUGCCCCAUUGUAAAAAUGAGAUAUGUCUAGGGAAGGAUGGAAAAUGCACCACGGGUCCUCAAGUUGAUUGCAAGUGCAACGAACACUGCCCAGACCCCGAGAAGAACGAAAUCGUUCUCUGCAAUGAGGAUGAGUGCAAGAGUGAAGAUGAUAAGACCUGUAAAGAGGGGAAGUUCCGUGGAUGCAAAUGCGCAUUUGUUGCCAGUACUGGCCCGCCGCAGCAGAGAGAUACCAACAAGAUGAAGCAGGGGCUGGACAAGCUCAAAAAGCUGAAGGAUAUUUAUGACAACUUCGACAAAUAUAAACAGAAGCCAGACACCAAGUGCGACGGCACCUACAGCGACGCCCUUCCAAUCGAGAGAAAGCAAGCAUACGAAUUGGCUGACCAGUACUGUGACAAAUUGGACAAGAAAUCCAAGGACACGAGCAAGGAGCUCAAGUUGGACCGUUACACCUUUCAUUUCAAUUACAAGGCCGGCAACAAAUGUUGGUCUGAGUGCAAGGAAACUGUGCACGAUAUGAUAUGCUCCGGAUACGACAGCCACUCCAUCAAGCCCGAAGCCAAAGCGACCUUCAAAUGCGGCGAUGAAUACAGCCUCAAAAUCACGGACCAAUCCAAAGAUCCGAGCGGACUCGAUCUGAAACACACCUGCGUGGACCCCAAAGAGAUCAGUAAGCUCCCCGGCAAGGUAUCCAGUGAGCUCCAGGAAAGGUGGGGCGCAGAAUUCUGCAAGUCGAUGGCAGGCAAGAAGAUCAAAGCCGGCGAUAGACCGAUAAACAAACUCAAUGGGGAUGAUGAAAAUAAUCUCUAUUCAUACACGGUGGGGUGGAACGGGGAUUGCAAGAGCGAGGUCACGGAGCUUGAUGUUCAGUUUCCUUUGGGAAAGGAUGACAAGAACACCUGCGAGUCACUCAUGCGGUCCGCAUACAAGCUGUGUGAUAAGAAUGGUGGCAUAGGUGGACGUUAUGAGCUUGGUUGCGCGAGAUAUUCAUUUGUUGCAUCGAAGAAGUCAAGGCCAAUCCGGCCAGGCUAACGCCACACCACGCACCUUUAUGUAAUUGGUCGAGAUGAUGAAUUCAGAUACUUUGGAGAUAUAAUGUCAUCCUGGAGAGAACCUGCUACCUGGGACGAAUAAGUGUUAUAACAUCUUUUAUGAUCGAAUGGUAUGGUCUUUCAUUUGCUCCACAUAUGAUAAAUGAUCAAUGUCACGUGAUAUUGGAUACAGACGCCUUUGGGGGUGGCUUGCAAGGAGGAAACUUGGGAGAACCACUCCCCCCAGGAACACCCCGCUCUUUUGGGUGGGCAGGCACAGCGAUCGAUUACAUGCCCG